AUGCUCAGCCGUAACUCAACAGUCGUCGCUGCCGUGCUAGUCAUCGCCGCCGCGUUCGGUGGUAGCACUGCUGCUCCCGCUACCCCAGACAGCGCUUACUACAAGGACAUUUUCGCACGCGGGCAUGGUGCUCACUCCUACACUGGUCCUUACACCACCGGUGGUCAAGCUUGGGCCAACGGCUUUGCAAAGGCCAAGAGCCUUCUUGACCAGAUGACGGUCGAGGAAAAGGUCAAUAUCACUACGGGCUACACUGGAGAAUGUGUCGGCUUCACCGGUACUGCUCCUCGAGUCGGUCUCGAGGCGCUGUGUCUACAGGACGGUCCUGCCGGUGUUCGACCUGCGCGAAGAGUGUCCCAGUUCCCGGCUGGUGUCACCACCGCUGCUACCUGGGAUCGAGACCUAAUUGCGCAGCGUGCUGAGGCCAUUGCUGAGGAAUUCCGUGAUAAGGGUGUCAACAUCUGGCUUGGCCCUGUUACUGGUGGACCUCUUGGUCGUGCUCCUCGAGGAGGUCGCAACUGGGAAGGAUACUCCCCUGACGAGUAUUUGACUGGUGUCGCCUCCUACCUCACCGUCAAGCAUGCUCAAGAGAAGGGAGUAGUUACCUGCGCGAAACACUACAUUGCUUACGAGCAGGAGACCUUCCGUAAUCCGUACAACCUUACCGAGCCGUACGCCAUUUACCCUCCCUUGCAACAGGACCCCAUCGACUCGAUCAUCGAUGACCGUACUAGCCACGAGCUUUAUCUCUGGAGCUUCGCUGAGGCUGUUCGUGCCGGAACUGGUACGAUCAUGUGUUCUUACAAUGAAGUCAAUGGAACGCAUGCUUGCCAGGAUGACUUCUCUCUUAACUCCUUGCUGAAGGAGGAGCUCAACUUCCAGGGAGCAGUGAUCUCAGACUGGGGAGGAACAUGGACAAACGAGGAGUCUGCUCUAAGUGGAAUGGAUUCGAGCAUGCCCGGCAGCGCCUACAACGGCAGAUUCGGUAACUUCUUCGGCGAUUCCUUGCUGAAGCUCGUUCAGAACGGAUCUGUGCCUGAGCAGAGAUUGGAUGAUAUGGUGUUGAGGAUCUUGGCUCCCGCGUUCGAGCUGCAGGAUGACAGUUAUCCCAAGCCUUCUUUCGACGUCCGGGACAUGAACAAGCCAACCAACAACGUCAGAGGUGAUCACCACAAGAUCAUACACCAGAUCGGUGCUGAAUCUAUCACUCUUGUCAAGAACAACAACAAGGAUGGCCGUGGUCUCCCUCUCAAGUCACUCGAGGAGUUGCAAACGAUCGGUGUCAUCGGCCAGGAUGCAGGAGACAACCUGCAAGGAGCCACCAGCUGUGGUCAGGACGGCAAGUGCAACAUCAAUGCUUUCAACGGUACCAUUACUAUCGGAGGUGGAUCAGGCUGGGCUUUCCCUCCUUACGUCAUCACUCCUGCUGCUGCUAUUCAGGAGUACACACGUGCGGCAGGGCCUGAUGUCAACCUCCACCUCGACAACUGGGAUCUGCAAGGAGCCAAAGCUAGGGCUAACUCCAGCGAGGUAGCUCUCGUCUUUGCCAAUGCUUUUGCUGCCGAGGGCAACGACCGUCAGAACCUCACUUUGUGGGGUAAUGCAGACAGCUUGAUCAAGACAGUUGCUAGCAAUAACGACAACACCAUCGUCAUCCUCCAUACUCCUGGUCAAGUGGAUGUCGAGGAGUGGAUCAACCACCCUAACGUUACUGCUGUCGUCCUUGCAUACUUGCCUGGUCAGGAGGGCGGUGCUUCGCUUCCCCCCAUGCUUUGGGGUGAGACCAACCCCAGCGGCAAGCUCCCCUUCACUAUUGGCAAGAAGGACAGCGACUAUCCACCCAACACCAUCGUCGAUACUUCUGUCAAAAACCCUGUUGCCGACUUCACUGAGAAGCUUCUCAUCGACUACAAGUGGUUCGACUACCACAACAUCACCCCGCGCUUCCCCUUCGGUCACGGUCUUUCCUACACCAACUUCACAUACUCAAAAAGUUUCACUGUCAGUGAGACCCGAAAGAAGGACGAGACUUCCAUACAGCCCACUAACGAAAAGCUUCUCAACAGCGACGCCGGACUGUACGACACCAUCCUCACUCUCGAAACCGAGAUCACAAACUCGGGCAACAGAAGUGGAUCAGAGGUCGUACAGCUCUAUGUUGGAUUCCCCGCUUCGGCAGACUCAAAAGACAACCCUCAGCCGAUCAAGACUUUGCGAGGAUUCGAGAAGGUCAAGGAUCUGCAACCUGGUGAGACCAGGAAGGUUUCUUUCGAGUUGAGGGCAAAGGACGUUGCUGUUUGGUCGACCCUUGGACAAGGUUGGAAGAUCCCACAGGGUGGCGAGUUGACGUUCAGCGUUGGCGCUAGCAGCAGGAAGAUUCAUUCUAAGGCUACUUGGGUCUACCAAGGUUAA